GUAUUUAAAAAUUCUAUUGCCCCAUGUUGGUUUAAAUAUUCUUUUAUUUACUUAUAUUUCUCUUGGGGCUAUUGUUUUUAUAUUUUUGGAAGCUGAAAAUGAAUUAGAACAAAGAAGAAAUAAAUUGGCACAAAUACUUCAAAUUUAUAAUUUAAUAAUUAACGAAACUUCCUCUGUUUGCCAUUCGGCAGGCGCUCAUUCAUUAAAUUUAAAUACUGUUGAAAGACGUAUGCGCCCAUUACUUUCAGUACUUUCACGUACACAUGAAUAUGAUGAAAGAUUUACUCCAGAGGCACAAAUGUGGACAGAUUCUGAGAAAAGUUUAAACACAAAAUGGACUUUUGCUGCUUCUAGUUUGUAUGCAUUAACUGUUAUUACAUCUACAGGAUAUGAUCAUUUAACCCCUUUAACUGAUGCUGGAAGAAUAUUUACUGUUUUGUAUGGACUAUUAGGAAUUCCUUUAAUGUUUAUUACAGCCGCGGAUAUUGGGAAAUUUCUUUCAGAUUUAGUUAUCAAAACUUAUGGAAAAAUAUUAGCAUUAUUUACUUGGUUAGCUUCCAUUGCAGACACAAUAAGGGAUUUUAUUGUUCAGCCAGAUGAUGAAUCUAUUGAAUCUAGAAAAUGGAGAGAACAUCGAAAACAACGUCGACGUCGUUUAAAUAAUGGUGAAGAUGAUGAAGACGAAGAAGAUGAUGAAGAAAGAGAACGGCUACAAUUACCUAUAUUUAGUUAUUUUGCUUUAGUUGUUGGUUAUUGUGCUAUUGGAAGUGCUUUAUUUAAUGCUUGGGAAAGAGGGGCUGUUUGGUCAUUUAUUCACGGACUUUUUUUCUCUUUUAAUACAAUAACAACAAUUGGUUUAGGGAAUAUUUGUGUAACAAGUAGAAUAUAUUUAAUUUUGGUUAUUCUUUAUGUUAUUAUUGGAUUAGCUGUAAUUACUGCAUCACUCGAUUUAUGUUCAUCAACAUUAAAGAAAACAUUUACUAAACUUCAUUACUUUGGCAGAAAAAUUCGUGAAAUACAUGGAAUACAUGGAUUGAGUAGAGAUAUGAGAGAAGCUAUGAAAAUAAUUUCUGCAAUGAAAAAGAUUAGAGGAAGUAAAGAAAGAAUUACUUUAGAAGAUUUAAAACGUUUUUUGGAAGUACAAGAACAAUUAUUAAGACAGCCAUAUGUUCCUUAUAAUGUACAUAUUUUUAAAUGGAUUGAAGAUGCUGUAAUUUUAAAAUUAAUUUUUAAAAUUAAUAAAAAAAUAUAA